AUGUCCGAAUUGCAACAAAUCCUCGUCAUCGGCGGCACUGGUGCCCAGGGAAGACCAGUCGUCAAGGCUCUCGCCGAAACCAGGCGAUACAGCGUCAGGGUCCUCACCCGUAAUGUCGACAACGCCCGCGCAAAGGAGCUUGCCGCUCUGCCCAAUGUCACCCUUAUCCAGGGUAAACAAGACAGCCAGCAGGAUCUCCACCGGGCGUUCAAGGGUGUCUACGGCGCAUGGGUGAACACGGACGGCUUCACUCUGGGCCAGAAGAGUGAGCUGUUCUAUGGUAUCCGCGCGUAUGAGAUUGCCAGGCACGAAGGGGUUCAGCAUUACGUCUGGGCUGGCACCGAUUAUGCGCUAAAGAAGUCGGGAUGGAACGAGAAGUACCAUUGGGGUCACAACGAUUCUAAAGGAAGAGUCACGGAUUUCAUCUUGGCCCAAGGCCAGGACGGCAUGAAGAGCUCCGUUCUCACGACAGGUCCCUACAUGGACAUGCUCUUGGAUGGAAUGUUUCCGCCGACAGAGCAACCGGAUGGUUCUUUUCUCUGGGUUAACCCUGCCAAGGAUGGCAAAAUCCCGCUUAUCGCUCUCGAAGACGUCGGCAUCUACAGUCUCUGGCUCUUUGACAACCUCAAUGAGUCCGCGGGUCUGAACCUGGAAGUGACGACCGACGAAGUCAGCUUCGCUGACAUUGCGAGAAUCUUCACUGAGGUGACAGGAAAGAAGGGUAUCCACAAGAGCGUGCCGUUUGAGGAGUAUGCGCCGCUCGCGGAGCCGUACCCGGGUGCCUAUGUAAACUUUUCCGUCGGCCCGGAGGUUGCUCGGGACGAGUCGGAUAUGACCUGGAGACAGAAUUUUGGGGCGUGGUGGCGGUUCUGGGGAGAGGGCAUCGUCAAUAAGAGGGACUUGGAGUUGUUGGAUCGAAUUCAUCCUGGUCGGAUUCGGAGCCUGGCUGAGUGGAUGCGAAAGACUGGACAGCUUAUCACAGUCCAUUCCGGGCGCUACGGCGGUACAAUGAUUUUGUUCCGAAUGGAGUAUCUUUUCAAUCUUACCCAGAUCUUUUUCAGAAUCCAGCUUGUCCCAUCUCCAUUUUGGAAACCCAAGGGAGUAUUUAUGGCUUUGUCAUUGAAUAGCCUCACGUUUGACGAAAUCCCGGGCCUCAUCCCACCUGAACACUCUGCGGCUCUCUACUAUCUUCAACCCAAAGACUUCAAUCUCAAUCUCUCAUGGGCCAAAAAGUUGGUCGACGUGUUUGAUUACUCCAUCCAAGAGCUCAAAGAAGGCAUCGAACCCAAAGUCAUGAGACUGAGACAUGACACCGUUGGAGACGAUGAUCCCGAGCCAGAUGCCUCCUUUUGGGACGAUUUCUUCGAGCGAGUGCUUGGUAAUCUUGGCCAUGAGGCCGAGAAGUUUGGCAUGACCUCUUUAGACGUCAUAAACCAGAAGGCGGGGUACUGGCGCAAGGCGAAUCUUCAUCACUUGCAUGAUUUGCUGCCUGAGUGGGUUGAGAUGUUGAAGACUAAAAAGUUGAGGUGGACAAAUGUCUUUGGCGAACUGUUUGGAAUUGGGCGAUGA